UUUCUUAGUAGCCACGUUGUGCAGAAAUGUCUGAGUCAUACCUACCCGUACCCGGUGCGUGAAUUUUUUUAAUUAAAAAAUGUGGCUGGUGGUGACUAACGAGGCUAUUAGAAUUCAACAAUGUAUACACCAAUAAUCAAACACUUACAAAAUUCAGAUAUUAUUGAUAUGAUGAAAAUGGGUGGUCAGUACCUUGUGCUCCUAUUCCUCAGCAGCUUAACUGCUUUCAUCUUCAGUUCCUCCCAAGCUAGAUCAAUUACUACUUCAACUAAACCACAAAUAAUUCUCAUCGAAACGAAUCGGCACGCUACUGCUGCUCGAAGCUGUUCAUACACAUUGACAAUCAAAACAAGCUGUUCUUCAUCUAGAUACACAAGAGACAGAAUCAGUAUUGCUUUUGGAGAUGCUUACGGAUUUGAGGUCUACGCGCCGAGCCUAGAUGAUCCAUCUGCCAGGACAUUCGAGAGAUGCUCUACGGAUACUUUCAGGAUCCGUGGCCCCUGUAUGUAUGAGAUCUGUUAUCUUAACUUGAGGAGAGUUGGAUCGGAUGGUUGGAAACCUGAGAGCGUCAAGGUGUACGGUCCAGAUCGUCCUGUUAUUACUUUCAAGUUUAAUAGGUUUCUGCCUAAUGGAGUCUGGUUUGGAUUUAACCACUGUCGUAAAAUCAUGUAGUUGAUUUGCCUCUGCUGGCUGCUAUGUUGGGGUGUGGUAUUCCACUGUCUAUGAAGAUUUGUGCGUAUUUUAAAAUAUUUAAUUUCUGUUUUGACAGCUUAAUUUAUCACCAAAUAAAGUUUUUUUAAGCUACUCAGGUAGCCAAAUAUUA